AUGUUUCCAGAAUUGCCAGCCAACCUGCUCAAAAAAAAGAAAAUCAAGAGAAAAUAUAAAAAAUCAAAAAAAGUGGGCAAAUAUUCGAAGCAACCAACACCUGUCAAACGAAUCACAUUGGAAGAAAUCAAAAAUUUUUGGAGCGAAUCAUCGAAAAAUUUAAAAACUCGUGAGUAUAUAAGCUAGUAAAGUCAGAAAAAAUAUUUGCUAUCAAACAAGCUGAAGCUCUCAUUCAUGAUUUUCCAGUUCCAAAAAAAGAAUUUUCGUUGCUUCCGUCAGUGUAUGUUGAUUCGGAUGAUGAUGUUGAAGGAACAAUCAGAAUUGGCAAAAAUGCAAAACGUGUGCCAAUUAAAUAUGGUGAGUGGAAUAUAAAUAUGUGUUCAAGAAAAAUCUGAUUGAACAGAUUAUUCUUCAUUUUCAGAUUCGGACGUUUCUUCGAGUACUACCGACAAGCUUCCUUCAAGCUUCACAAAAAAUCCGAAGCGGAUGAAAAUGAGCACAUCUUCACCCAAAGAUGAUGUUCCACAACAACCAUCAUCGUCGGAGAGACUCUUCAGAACGCCAGAAUCUUUUAAAUACGGUGAGUUACACACAUUGCAGAUUGCCAAAUUUAGAUUUGUUAUUAUAUUUCAGAUCAAGAGGUUAGAACGGGACUCUCUUUGAAUCCAAAACUAGAGUUUGAUUAUGACGACGGAACUGUCGAGAAACCUGCUGUCAACUCAAUGGAAAAUAAUCGUCCAGUCGAUGCAAAUGCAUCGGAAUCUCAAAGUGUAGCAGGAUCUUUGUGGAACAAAUUUAAAGCUUGGUAAGACAAAAAGAAGAAUUUAUAAGACACAAAUUAUUUUUUAAAGGUUCAAUAAGUGA